AUGUCUACCAGUGCUACGGAGCGUGUAUCUGAGGUCUGCAAGACCGUGUCGACGUAUUGGGCACAGGGGCGGGAGUACUACCAGCUGCCAUCGACGACUUAUUACAAUAAUACGUCUUGUUGCGGUGGCGCUUCGGGUGAACUUGGUCUCGGUGCAUUGCGGGUGCAGAAGCUCCUGUGUCGUCGUUCGCGGUAUUACUGGGCUGCUUUCUUUUCGCAGAGUCUGCAAUACUUCCUACAGAUUAUCCUGUUUCACUCGUCGACGUACUUUGCUGCAAGUAUGAUCAUCUUUCUUUGGGAUGAACUACAAGUUGUGUGUGCAGCUUCGUCUUGCGUUGCUGCACGAUUGACGUUCCUGGCAUUGAAGCAUUCCCGCAUUGCAGGGUCUGUAACCAUCGCCCUUCCUAAUACUAAUAAUAGUGCUUCAGCUGGACCAUUGGAUUUGGGAGCUAGGACUUCGCUGGCUGCUGCGGAGACGGACGCGACUACUCGGCUUUUGGCGGAUACGGAUACCCCAUGA